ACGCGCCGCUGCCCGAGAACCAUGCGUGCUGCUGCUCUCCUGGCCCUGGCCCUGCUGGGCAGUGCCCGCAGCUGUGCCAAAGGCACCUCGUACGAGGCGGGCAUCGUGUGCCGCAUCACCAAGCCUGCUCUCCUGGUGUUGAACCAGGAGACCACCAAGGUGGUCCAGACGGCCUUCCAGAGAGCCAGAUACCCAGACAUCAAGGGCGAGAGGGCUAUGAUGCUCCUUGGCCAAGUCAAGUAUGGUCUGCACAACAUUCAGAUCAGCCACCUGUCCAUUGCCAGCAGCCAGGUGGAGUUAGUGGAAGCCAAGUCCAUCGACAUCUCUAUCCAGAAUGUGUCUGUGAUCUUCAAGGGGACCCUGAGCUAUGGCUACAUAGGUGCAUGGGGGUUGAGCAUUGAUCAGUAUGUCGACUUCGAGAUUGACUCUGCCAUUGACCUCCAAAUCAGCACACAGCUGACCUGCGACUCUGGCAGUGUGCGGACCACUGCUCCCGACUGCCACCUGACUUUCCAUAAGCUGCUCCUGCAUCUCCAAGGGGAGCGUGAACCUGGGUGGAUCAAGCAGCUCUUCACCAACUUCCUCUCCUUCACCCUGAAGCUGGUCCUGAAGGGACAGAUCUGCAAAGAGAUCAACGUCCUCUCCAACAUCAUGGCCGACUUUGUCCAGACGAGGGCUGCCCACAUCCUCUCAGAUGGAGAUAUCGGGGUGGACAUCUCCCUGACGGGAUCACCAGUCAUCACAGCCACCUAUCUGGAGUCCCAUCACAAGGGCCAUUCCAUCCACAAGAACGUCUCGGAGGACCUCUCCCUCCCCACCUUCUCGCCCGCACUGCUGGGGGACUCACGCAUGCUGUACUUCUGGUUCUCUGAGCAAGUCCUCGACUCCCUGGCCAAAGCUGCCUUCCAGGAUGGCCGCUUCACGCUCAGCCUGACAGGAGACGAGUUCAAGGCCGUGCUGGAGACCCAGGGCUUCGACACCCACCAGGAAAUCUUUCAGGAGCUUUUCAGUGGCUUCCCCAUCAACCAGGCCCAAGUUACCGUCCACUGCCUCAGGAGACCCAAGAUCUCCUGUCAAAACCAGGGCGUCGUGGUCAGUUCUUCUGUGACCGUGAAAUUCCUCUUCCCGCGCCCAGGCACGCAACGUUUCGUGGAUUACACUUUUGAAGAGGAUAUCAUCACUACUUCUUUUACUUAUUAUUCCUCUGUGCCUCUAUUUCCUCAUCUGUUAAAUGGGAUGAUAANACCGAAGACUGUUUCCAACCUGACUGAGAGCAGCUCCGAGUCUGUCCAGAGCUUCCUGCGGUCAAUGAUCACCACAGUGGGCAUUCCUGAGGUCAUGUCACGGCUCGAGGUGGUGUUUACAGCCUUAAUGAACAGCAAAGGCCUGGACCUCUUUGAAAUCAUCAACCCUGAGAUUAUCACUCGGGAUGGUUUCCUGCUGCUGCAGAUGGACUUUGGCUUCCCUGAACACCUGCUGGUGGAUUUCCUCCAGAGCUUAAACUAGAAGGCUCCAAAGAGGUCGGGAUGGAGCUUGAACCUGACUCACAGCAGGAACCCCAGUGUCUUCGUCCAUUGUGGUGGAGGUCA